AACCCUCUAUAUAUCAGAAAAUGAAAACCAAAGAAACGGAACAGCAUGCAAUCCAAGUCAGUGAUUAUCUAAAGCAGUCUCAGGAGGAUCUGAGCAGAAACUCUUUGUGGAACUCCAGGAGCACCAACUUCAAUAGGAACUCCCUGUUGAGAAGUUCAAGUAGAGUUGACAAAAUCUCAGCCUCCUUAAAAAGCCCUCCAGAGCCUUGCCAUCAUUACUCAGGUAGGAAGCAUGUGCGCAUUGACAUGUCAGCCGAGCUAAACGUCUGUGAUUCUGCAGUUGCAAACAGAAAUAUUGAUGAAUCACAAAAUUUAAAAAGAAAUGACUAUUCUCCUGGAAGGAUAAAUUCCACUUUGGGACUUGAUAGCAAAAUAGAACCAGCUGAGGGGCGUCCAGCAAGGGAAAGGGGUCGUAAUUCUCCAGAAGACCUCACCCGCCUGUAA